CACUUUCUUUCUAUGGAACACCAGCACACUCAAGCAGUCACCAAGCCCACCCUGGUCACCAAACGGAUUCUGUAUCUACAAAGCCACCCCGAGGCUCCCUCUAGCUUGAAUUUGAAAACGAUGUUGAAUUGGUCGACGGCGCAGGACGCUUCGAUCGACCAGAGGCAGGCAUGGCUCUGGGAGAAGGAGAUUCCGUCAUCAAAUCGUCACUCCACCGCACAUUAAAAUUUGUACUGAAAUGGGAGGAAGUGGAAAUAGGAGAGCCAAAGGAAGGAGAGAUCAAGGUGAAAAAUAAGGCCAUUGGGCUUAACUACAUUGAUGUGUACUAUCGCACAGGAUUUUACAAAGCUGCCACAAUGCCUUUUACACCAGGAAUGGAGGCAGUUGGUGUGGUGACAGCCUUGGGUCCUGGACUAACCAGCAUGAAAGUUGGAGAUCUCAUUGCAUAUGCCCGUAGCCCAAUGGGUUCAUAUGCAGAAGAGCAGAUCCUUCCUGCACACAGAGUGGUGCCUGUCCCUUCCUCUAUUGAUCCUGUUGUAGCAGCAUCGGUCAUUUUUAAGGGAAUGACAGCUCAGUUCCUACUCCGACGUUGCUUUAAGUGGGCAAAUGCCCUUGGUGCCACUGUCAUUGGAACUGUCUCAACCAAAGAGAAGGCAGCUCAAGCUAAAGAUGAUGGGUGUCACCAUGUCAUAAUGUACAAGGAAGAGGAUUUUGUUACUCGUGUCAGUGAGAUAACAUCAGGCCAAGGGGUUGAAGUUGUCUAUGAUUCCGUCGGAAAAGACACCUUUCAGGGUUCUUUGGCGUGCUUAAAAGUUCGCGGUUACAUGGUAAACUUUGGGCAAUCGUCUGGUGCCCCUGACCCUGUACCAUUGUCAGCUCUUGUUGCCAAAUCACUGUUCUUGACGGCGCCUGCCCUCCUGCACUACACUCAAACACGAGAUGAGCUGCUGGAAAGUGCUGAAGAAGUAUUUGCAGGUCUUGUCUCCGGCGUCUUAAAUGUCCGUGUGAAUCAUAAUCUAAGGCGGCACAAGCGCACGCUGAUCUGGAGAGCCGGAAAACAUCAGGAUCGAUUGUGCUAAUACCAGAGAGUGUUGAGCAGUAAGCUCAUAAUACUUGUUACUCUUCAUUUCUCUGUAGUAUGAGUGGGAAUAGAUGAAUUUGCACAAACAUUCCAUGUUUAACUGCACACUGGGUUGGGUUCCGUACAUGAUGUGUGAAAUGUACCACCCUAGUGUCAAUGUAAUUUCAUGAACUUUUUGUGGUGUUCAGAAGAAAUAAAAUCAUAGUGUGUAUUUUCAUGUACUUUUUGUGAUGUUCAG